AUGAAGAAAUUAGGAAUCCUGUUACUAGUAGCUAUUUUCGCAAUAUUUAUUGGUCUUCCUGACAACCAAGUCUCUCCCCAACAAGAAACUUUGUAUACUGAAGGAAUAGUGGAGAGAAUGUUGGAAACUUCACUGAGGAUGCUCGAAAAUGAAUAAACUAAAAAACCUGAGGGAAGUAGUAAAUUCUUGGACAGCUAAAGUGAAUAUGCUCAGAUAACUUUAAGACGCUUCAACAGCCACAGUAGAUACAAUGAGCUAUAGAGGAACAACAAAGAGUACUACAUCAACAACCACUACCAAAAAAACAACAACUACAACCACAACAAAGAAGACGAAAAAAACGACAACCUCAACAACAACUCAAGCGCCUCCAACAACCACUAAAAAGACUACAACAACAACUACAACCACGACAACCUAAUGCCCUACCACUUCAACAAAGACUACCACAACUACCUGCCCUACACAUACGACAAUUGCACCUACUACAACAAGGUAAGGAACACAAUCUACUACCUAAGCACCUAGCUCAACCUAAACCACCUAAGCACCAAGUACUACGAUAACAACGAAUCCAACAUCCAUUUCUACCAGUCCUGCUCCUACAACCACAGUGCCUACAACAGUUAUUAGCACAACAAUUGCUUCUACAACAGUGCCUCCAGAAACAACAACAGUGGAGUCUACUACUUUCACAACUACAUCUACACCAGAGUCCACAACAAUCAUCUCAAUAACAACAACACCAGAGCCUACAACUACCAUCACAACUACAACUAUGACAACUGA